AUGCAGAAUGUGGAUCGUGGUUGUUUUGUUGAGACUAACCCUUAUAAAAUUUGUUCAAUGUCAACGAAAUCUGAUGCCAUAAUUCUUCCCCCAUUUGUCGAGGCAACUAUUCUGGAAGCACUGCAUGACUACAUCAAAGACGGUUCACACUCUUUAAUUAUGGAGCGGGGUAGUGGAUACCUCUCAGCUUGUGUAACGUUUAUGUCUGGGAUUAGUGGUAGGACAGAAUCCACUCUGCCUGAUAAUAAGUUAGCGGAAGCGGCUUUGGGGAAUUUCGCUAAGUGGCUACAAUACACUAAAAAGGUCUUCACAUUGGGGACACAAAUUAUAUUCAGAUCAGUUAGUGAUCACAAACCUUGGUCAUCAAAUUCAAACAAUACUGUCACUCCCUCUACUAAUUAUACUUUCACUAAUAUUUCUACUACAACAACUUCCACUAGUGUUGUUUCUUCUUGUACUUCUGCUAAUACCACUAAGACUAUCAGUGCUAAUAUUACGGCUACCAUUGUUUCUAAUAAAACAACUGAUACUACUAAUCACAAUAGUAGUAAUGUAUGUUAUAUCGAAUUUCAUGCUCACAAGUAA